CAGAGAGAGAGAUGGAGAGAGCGAUGGACAGGGAGACAGAGACGGAGGGAGUAGAGAGAGAGACUGGGGUAAGGGUGGGGGUCGUACAGUGCGUAUGGCAGCCCUGGAGAUGUUGCUAGGUGUGUUGUCAGGGCUAGCCUCUCUGUGUACUGGGUUCUAUAUUCAGACUGCAGGGUUCACCUGGCCGUUCAUCACAGCAGCCGUCCUACACCUGAUCAACCUGGUAUACACCGCGUGGGUACUGCACGAGACUGUGGAGAGACCCUCGCACACAGACUCAUCUUCAUCACCAUCAUCAUCACCGACACCUUUUGGGGCGGGCUCAGCACGCUUUCUCCAACGAGAAGCCCUGAUUGGUCGGUUUCAGGGUGUGUAUCUGUUAUUCAUCGCGUCACCAAGGAGGAGGAAAACUGUCCUGGGACUGAUACUGGCGGCCUUUGCUUUCUAUACGGUGUCGAAGCUGGGUGGUAUGUCCAUCUUCAUCCUGUAUGAGCUGAAUGCGCCUCUGUGUUGGAGUGAGGUGUUGGUUGGCUAUGGUUCAGCCUUGUCUACACUCAUCUACCUGGGGAGCUUUGCAGGGGUGUCCCUGCUGUCGCGCUGUCUUCGGGACGUGUAUAUAGUACUACUGGGACUGCUGUCUGUCGCUGCAGGGCUACUGAUGGCUGCCUUCGCCAAGAGCACGCUGCUCAUGUUCCUAG